UAAUUCAGGAAAAGAGAAGGAAAGUUUGGUGCCGUGAGUAAUUCUGAGUAUUGUCCGUGUCGCCGCAAACAAGAUGGGAGCGCAGGUGAGCACGAAGUCAGGAAGGUUUUUAGAAAGAGUGCGGCGUCUUUAGUGUCAUUCCUGGGUCCUGUGGGUGAAGAGAAAGUCGCUGCAUUGCCAUAGAUCUGUGUGGGGAUACAUGCUCAUGUUCUAGAGGCAGAGAGCUUUAGAAUACACAAAAGAUACAAUGCAGUUUUAGCCAGGUGGACAUUGGGGCGGCGAGUGACAUCUUGGAGGCAAGCACGAGUCUCUUGCAGUGCUUCUGAAGGCCUCCUGAAGGGUGCAGUGGGGUCCUGGUAGCCGCGGGAUCCUAUACUUAUCCCCGAGCGGUGUAGGGUAUUAGGAAACAGAUCCUGACCGUGUACCGCUGAUCCCCGCGGUAAAAAAUGCCUCCUGGAUGGCUGGGGGCGUUGCCGACUUGCAUGGCAGAUGAGGAAGGGGCGGGACCUGUCAGCCGUGUGCAGGACGGGCGAAAGUGUGAGUGUGUUCACCAAACCUAACCCACCGCCACCAUAUCGCGUGUGGUGAAGGUAAUGGUUACACUGGUCAGGAUUAACAUGUUACCUGAGGGCUGAGGAGUCGAGUAAGGCGAUAUUUCCACUCUGGGAAAGGAUUGUUAGCUGAGGGCGUGAUGGGAGUGGCGCGCGCCGACUGUGGGCGGGGCGAGGCAGCCAGCAACAUGACAGGCCAAUGAGGCACCGCCCUUUAGUCACCUCGUGAACACCACAUGGGGAGGGUGUGACGCCUAUGCUUCUGCUGCCUCGCCCACGUGGCCACGCGACCUGUACCUUCCCGCACGCACCUGAAAUUUGCCUAAUUAUGGACGCAGGAUAUAAACUAAUGACCUUCACGACGCGAGGACAGUGACGCCAACCCUGAGGCGAGACGAAACUUGUGUGAAACGUGUUUGCAACAUGACCAUGAAGCCCGUGACGGAAACUGAACGCAACACGAGCCCUCAGGACUGCGCGGGCUGCGGUAAAAGGAUUAACGACAGGUUCCUACUGAAGGCGCUGGAGAUGUAUUGGCACGAGGACUGUCUGAAGUGUGGGUGCUGUGACUGUCGGCUGGGCGAGGUGGGCUCUACUCUCUUCAAAGGAAACCUCAUCCUUUGCCGCAGGGACUAUCUCAGGCUAUUUGGGACCACUGGUUACUGCUCAGCUUGCUCCAAAGUGAUCCCAGCGUUUGAGAUGGUGAUGAGGGCGAGGAACAACGUGUAUCAUCUCGAGUGCUUCGCGUGCCAGCAGUGCAAUCACAGAUUCUGCGUUGGUGAUAAGUUCUAUCUCUGCGACAACAAGAUUCUGUGUGAAUAUGACUACGAGGAACGGCUUGUCUUCGCCUCCAUGGCCUGCACACCCUCCAGCCUGGCCCAGCUCAAGCGGCAAAUAGGAGGGCUGGACGGCCCUACGGUAAUAGAAGACGUCAGGAAGGGCCAGACACCCCCAGCAGCCACCCCCACCCUUCACCCUACCCCAAUGCACCACCACCACCACAACACCACCACACCACAACAACCACCACAGCAGCAGCAGCAACAGACCACCCCACAGCUGCUGCAACAGGGCCCAGGGCAGACGGGCACGCAGUCACAGCAGCAGCAGCACCAAACACAGCAGGGAACACAGCAACGGCCAAUGGUAACCUGAUGCCAAGAUAAUGCUGCACACUCUACUAUUUCCUCUUAGUGUUCAUUCUUCCCUGCUGUUCAGUUUGUUCAUUCCACGUCCCUCUGAGGCCGCGGACUGCUGCUAACGGUGCUGUUCUGUUCCUUGUGCUGACUGCUGAGUGCUGAGGAACCGGUAUUUUGCUGUGGGAGAACUAAAAGGUUGAAAAAUGGAAAAAGUUAAGAAAAUGACUGUGAUUGAAAGAUUAUCCUGUUAUUUCUAAGCGUGUGGACUCUACAAGACUGAGUGAAGCGCGGCGGUGGAAAACAGGUGUGGACACGUUUGGGCAGGUGUGGGAACGUGUGUAAAUAGUGUACAUUGAACGAUGUGGUGAAAAAAAAAGGCGAUUAGUGAACGUGUUAUGUUCUAUAGUGAUGUUCUGUAAUGUGAUGUGAUGCUGUACCCUACGUAUGUAUGUGUGUACGUGUAUGUGUGUGCGUGUGUCUGCUACCUCUGCAAUACGUCACUCUCCUCUUACAGUGCUAUAGUGACCAGCUUACAGUGAAGUUUGCCUCGUCAGUGCACUAGGAAAUUUGUCUCCCUCAUUCCCGUUGCUGUGAAAAUGUGGCUUGGUAUUGAAAUUUUGCGUGAAGGUGAAAGUCAAGAGGGAAUAUACGGUAGUGUGUGUGUGUGUGUGUGUGUGUGUGUGUGUGUGUGUGUGUGUGUGUCAGUGUGUUUUGUGGGGAACGGGUUAGGAUUUGAAGAUUCAUAGUGCAGAUUGAGUGAAAUGUGAAAUAUGGACAGAAGGAAAAGAAAACUAAGAAAAAAUAAAAUGGCGAAAUAUCAAAGGAAAGAGUUCAGAUGCUCAUGACUAAACACAUUAAAGAAAAAAAAAAUGGAAAGAGACGGACAAUGCAAUAGAAAAUGAAAAAUGUGAAAAAGUGCAAGAGAAAAUAAAGAAAAACUGAGAUAAGAUAAGGAAGCAAAUUGAGACUUGAACACGAAUAGAACAACAGAAAGAACGAAAGGAAGAGAAUAAGAUAAGAAAAAAAAAAUAAACAUAAACACGAGAGAAAAGGUACUAGAAAGAAACAAAUAAAAAAAAACAAUUAAUAAU